AUGCUCAGUGUAGAGAUGAUGUCGAAAAACUUUACGGAGAAUUCGACUACUACUACUACUACUACUACUACUACUACUACUACUACUACUACUACUACUACUACUACUACUACUACUACUACUACUACUACUACUACUACUACUACUACUACUACUACUACUACUACUACUACUACUACUACUACUACUACUACUACUACUACUACUACUACUACUACUACUACUACUACUACUACUACUACUACUACUACUACUACUACUACUACUACUACUACUACUACUACUACUACUACUACUACUACUACUACUACUACUACUACUACUACUACUACUACUACUACUACUACUACUACUACUACUACUACUACUACUACUACUACUACUACUACUACUACUACUACUACUACUACUACUACUACUACUACUACUACUACUACUACUACUACUACUACUACUACUACUACUACUACUACUACUACUACUACUACUACUACUACUACUACUACUACUACUACUACUACUACUACUACUACUACUACUACUACUACUACUACUACUACUACUACUACUACUACUACUACUACUACUACUACUACUACUACUACUACUACUACUACUACUACUACUACUACUACUACUACUACUACUACUACUACUACUACUACUACUACUACUACUACUACUACUACUACUACUACUACUACUACUACUACUACUACUACUACUACUACUACUACUACUACUACUACUACUACUACUACUACUACUACUACUACUACUACUACUACUACUACUACUACUACUACUACUACUACUACUACUACUACUACUACUACUACUACUACUACUACUACUACUACUACUACUACUACUACUACUACUACUACUACUACUACUACUACUACUACUACUACUACUACUACUACUACUACUACUACUACUACUACUACUACUACUACUACUACUACUACUACUACUACUACUACUACUACUACUACUACUACUACUACUACUACUACUACUACUACUACUACUACUACUACUACUACUACUACUACUACUACUACUACUACUACUACUACUACUACUACUACUACUACUACUACUACUACUACUACUACUACUACUACUACUACUACUACUACUACUACUACUACUACUACUACUACUACUACUACUACUACUACUACUACUACUACUACUACUACUACUACUACUACUACUACUACUACUACUACUACUACUACUACUACUACUACUACUACUACUACUACUACUACUACUACUACUACUACUACUACUACUACUACUACUACUACUACUACUACUACUACUACUACUACUACUACUACUACUACUACUACUACUACUACUACUACUACUACUACUACUACUACUACUACUACUACUACUACUACUACUACUACUACUACUACUACUACUACUACUACUACUACUACUACUACUACUACUACUACUACUACUACUACUACUACUACUACUACUACUACUACUACUACUACUACUACUACUACUACUACUACUACUACUACUACUACUACUACUACUACUACUACUACUACUACUACUACUACUACUACUACUACUACUACUACUACUACUACUACUACUACUACUACUACUACUACUACUACUACUACUACUACUACUACUACUACUACUACUACUACUACUACUACUACUACUACUACUACUACUACUACUACUACUACUACUACUACUACUACUACUACUACUACUACUACUACUACUACUACUACUACUACUACUACUACUACUACUACUACUACUACUACUACUACUACUACUACUACUACUACUACUACUACUACUACUACUACUACUACUACUACUACUACUACUACUACUACUACUACUACUACUACUACUACUACUACUACUACUACUACUACUACUACUACUACUACUACUACUACUACUACUACUACUACUACUACUACUACUACUACUACUACUACUACUACUACUACUACUACUACUACUACUACUACUACUACUACUACUACUACUACUACUACUACUACUACUACUACUACUACUACUACUACUACUACUACUACUACUACUACUACUACUACUACUACUACUACUACUACUACUACUACUACUACUACUACUACUACUCACACUUUUACGAUUUCCUUAUAA